AUGGGGAUCCUGGAGGUGCUUCUGCCUCGACGUCCUCCCAACAUGGGUGCUGCCAGACUCCGUUGCGCUCCUGAGUUGCUCCUCACGGAAUUCCAGCCGACCGACAUGGGUGUCUCACUUUCGGCUUCUGGGCCACGUCGGGGCGGCGGAGGACCCGGGGGGCCGGGCGGGAGAGUGGGAAAAGUGGGGCGGGAAAGCCGAGAGAGGCCCUCACCCGCCUUCCUGUUGGCGGGGGCGGCAAGGACACUGCCCAUCAGGCAGAGGGACUUCAGGAAGGUCCCUGCUACUGCGGAGGGUGCCCAAGCAGCUGUGCUUAAAGAACUGGGUGACGAAGGGCCACCCCGACAUGGCAGAGCGCCUAGUCUGGUAUCCCAGGAAGACGCAACUCACAAGGAGAGCCGUGGAGGGCUUGUUAGCAGCAAGAGGGUGUCAGCGUGUGACAGCUGGGGGCUGAAGGGUCUCAGGGAUGGACUGAGGUUGGCGACUGCAGUGAGUGCCAGGGAGAGGGAAGAACAGACAGGACAGCUCAGGGUGCUUAAAGAACUGGGUGACGAAGGGCCACCCCGACAUGGCAGAGCGCCUAGUCUGGUAUCCCAGGAAGACGCAACUCACAAGGAGAGCCGUGGAGGGCUUGUUAGCAGCAAGAGGGUGUCAGCGUGUGACAGCUGGGGGCUGAAGGGUCUCAGGGAUGGACUGAGGUUGGCGACUGCACUGGGGAGCUGGCAGGAGGCCCGGGGCUACAGCAUCCAGAUUGUUCCUUGGUCUCCCACAGGAGGCCUGUGCAACCUGUGCCCAGACCGGGCCAACAAGGAGCACGUCCUGCAAGCAGGGGGCGUCCCACUCAUCAUCAACUGCCUGUCCAGCCCCAACGAGGAGACGGUGCUGUCUGCCAUUACCACGCUCAUGCACCUGAGCCCGCCGGGCCACAGCUUUCCCCCGGAGCUGACCGCCGCGCCCGUGGUGCAGUGCAUGCUUCGCUUCUCCCUCUCGGCCAGUGCCAGGCUCCGGAACCUGGCGCAGAUCUUCCUGGAGGACUUCUGCUCCCCACGCCAGGUGGCCGAGGCCCGCAGCCGGCAGGCGCACUCUGCCCUGGGUAUCCCACUGCCGAGGAGCAUGGCCCCACGGCAGCGCUGAUCCACGGGGACCGCGAGACUGUAGCACCCCUACUGCUGGAGACCACGGUCCUGAUGUGGACGCAGGGAACAGGGGGAGCAUAUGCUGCCCCACUGGUGCCUUUUCAGCCAUUUGAAAGGCGGGUUCUUUCAGCAGGACAGGCAUUUACACUGUGAUGAAACGCCGUCAGGAGUGAGGAAGCCAGACUCCGAGGCACGCGGAGAUCAAACUGGAGCUGCUUUCAUAGGCCGGCACUCUCUACCCUACGUCUGGUGCCACCACUGCCAGGCUCAGGCCCUGGUGUAAGAAGUGGCCAAGUGCCUGGACCCAGAGGCUUCGCAGUACAGUGUUCUCAAGAGCUGGGACUGAGGCUUAGGAGAGCUGCCUUUGCUGCGGGAAAUCAGGGAUUAUCCCUUAAGAGAAGUGUCUGGAGUAGUUUUCAGGGAUAGGAGUGAGAUGCCUCAUGGUAAAAGAUGUGGUGCCCCCUCCGGGGCUGUGGAGGAUGGAUACCUCCCCCAGGGGCUCCCCAAGCUGGGCAUUUGGGCCUGGUGGAUGCCAACCUGGAUAACCUGUGGCCCAGCAUUGACUGUCCACCCAGCCCUGCUAUCUGCUAGGCACCAUGAUUCCAAGAUGAAGAUAUGGUCCCUGCCCUUGAGUGACAGCCCAGUGACUUAAUGUGGCCAUUGGGCAUCAAGCACAAGGCCAUGCAGGUGAUGAGAUGUCAGAGUAGAGGCGCCAGCCCUGGGAACUGCAUCUUCUCCCCUUGCCACCCCACGGCCCCAGCUGAAGGCUUUGGCC